AUGGCUUCUCCGCUGGCGUGCGAGCUGCCUGCGGCGCUGGGCCUGGCGGCGGAGGACCCGGUCUGCGGUUUCGCGGCGGGGCUCUCAGGCAGUUCUUCGCCCGGCGCCAUGGCGGCUGUCGCGGCGUUGGCGGCGGAGCAGCACCAGCAGCAGUUGCUUCAUCUCGCGUCAGAUCUCCAAGGCGCCAUUCGCCGAUGGUGCCCAGUCGCUGGCGCUUCGUCUCAGCUGGAGGCAGGAGGCGGGCGGCUGGACUCUGCUGCAAGCUCCGCCGGCCGGUGGGCGGCGCAGGUUCGCAAGAGUUCUUUUUUUAGGGGCUGUCGAGUCCUCAGGAUUCCGCAGAAGACUGUGGCUCUUCCUCGGCAUCUGUAUCGCGAGGAGGCGGCAAUCGAGGAGGAAGACGGCCUGCCAGUUCUCGACCUCGAGGACGCCGAGUUCUUCGGCGCCGACCGCGACGAAGAACUCCAGCUGCACUACGCUCGCGCCGUCUCUGCGACCUCGGUUCGCUCGCGCAGUGGGGGGACGAAGGACUGGGGCGAAUGGCCCCUGAUGCCCGAAGACGGGUUGCUCUCGAGCGGCGAAGAGCCGGCGGCCCCCCCCGGCUCCAGCGUCGAGGAAGCAGCCUCGGAGAGCGACGGGCGCGCGCCCGAGGAGGGUCAGGCGUGCUGGGAGACUUCCGAGAGCUUCUUGCUGGCUGACGAGGCCCGCGAGGCGCCUCAUCGAGCUGACGCCUACACGUGCUCGCGCAGCGCGUCGGGUCUCCCCCCCGCCGAGGACGACGCGGAGGAGCACGCGCCGCGGGGAGAGAGUCCUCGCCCGCCGGCUCCUCCCCAGGCUGCCGAAGAGUGCGCCAGAGACGACGCGGCUGAAGAGAAGGAGGAAGCGGUCGCAGCGGCAGACGCCACGCGCGACGUCUCCGAUCAGCGGCGCAUCACGAGCUCCGGGAGUCGCGUCAGCGAUGACCCCUCCGCGCCGCCGCUGAGUGCGCGGAAAGAGGUUCUGGUCUUCCAAACGAACUUCCGGCGAUCUGCCUCCUCAUCGCCUCGUGUUAUCUCCUCUGUCGAACCGAACGGGGAGGCAGAAGGCCGCUUUCGAGACGAGGGAGUCUCGCGCGGCGCGGCUGCCGAGGGGCACGAAGACAAGCGAAGCGACGACGAGGGCGACGGCGAGACAGGGCCGUCGUCCUCAGCCACGCUCCAGGUGCCCUCCUCGCCCGAGGACCCGCAGGCGCGUCUUCUCUCCGACGACACGCCCGUCCCCUCCACGACGCACUCGGCGCUCUUCGGGGUGGAUGCCCCCAGCGGUCGCGUCUUUAUCUGCAUGCGCGAGAGUCUGCCGCUGACAGCAGGCGCGCCGAAGGAGCCAGACGGCCGCGAGACGGCCGCAGAGCUCGCGGGGCAUGCAAUCGAGGACUACGACCAGGAGGUGGAGGACUCUCCCCUGGAGGCGCCUGCAGGCACGGACAGGGCGCAGAGGGCCGGACCUCGCCCCGAGAGCCGUGCGGAGCGGCUCGUUGAGGCAGCAGAUGAAGACGCGGAAGUCGCGCAGUCCUCCGCUCAGGCGGAGACAGAUCUAUGGCAGAGUGCGCGAGAAGGCGACGCAGAGGAGACAUCUCGAGAAAGGCCGACAGAAGAGACCGCGCGUCGCGCAGAGAGCGAGGCGGAUGCAGCCCGAGCGGCAAUCGUGCAGAGCGCGCCCGAUGAAGAACGAGAUGCGGAGGAUAAAGAGACCUUUCAGGAGCCAGCGGCAGCAGAUGCCGGUGAAGAAAGAGAGGGCGAGCGCGAGUCUCCCGAGAGCGUAGACCCGCCGUGCGCAGAACCCCGCGGGCCUCGGCCGGCGCCCUCGCCCAGCAGAGAGAGCGUUGUCACGAAUGACUUCAGUCUCCGCCUGGAGAGCGCCGAUUCCGCCAGCGUGUGUGCGUCGCUCCGAAAUGCACCUCCCGGGUCGCCCUGUCACUCUUCGUCGAGUGUCGUCCUCGAGCACACGCUGCCGCGCGACCCCGUCGAGGCCGCAGCCUCGGCGGCCGCCGCCGCGGCAGCUGCUGCGGGCGCGGUUCUGCGGGCUUGCGCGAGCGCUGAGGGCGAGGCUUCUUCGCCUUCCUCGCGCUGCGCUUUCCAGCGCGACCAGGAAGACUUGCAUCUGUUCGUGCAUGCGUGGCUGUCGGCCUGCGCCGCGCGCCUGCACGAUGUGGCCAGCGAGGCGCGCGGAAGCUCUCAGCGUCUGCAGCUUCGACCCCGCGAGGGCGAGGGCGCGACGCACGCGCUCGUCGCCUUCAGCAAGCGCCGUCUCAAGGAAGAACUUCGCACCUACGACUUGGACUUUGAGAAGCGAUACGGCCGACCCCCUCGCCGCCCCGAGAAGGAACCGCUGCGGCCGCUCUACUCGCACUACCAGUAUCUGCGUCGCGUCCUUCUGCGGCUCGAACACCAGCAGCGUGAGCAGACCGGGAGAGAAAAGGUAGAGAUUGUGCUCUCGGCGCGGAGCCCGGCGGCAGAGACGCAGUCCGGCGCGGCGGGAGCCGCGGGUGAGCUGCGCCGGUGGCCUUCUUCGCAGGAGUCCCUUGCGUCGCUUUCUUCGCAGCAGGCGAUGGGGGGGAGAGCCGGCGACGCCUCCAGCGCCUGCGGGCACCGCAAGGCGGCGUUUUCGCAGUCAGCGACCCGGGGCGCCGGCGCGGCGGAGAGCGGCCCGAAAGCUCCCAGCACUUUGUGUGGUGCCGAGCAGGUCAGCAGCGGCGCCACCGCCUCGAAGACGCGUUUGAUGACGUCUCUUCGGCGCGCUGUCUCAUCAGGGGCUUCAGCCGGCAGGCCGGAGGCGCGAGGGAGCGCCAGCGGCGCGGCAAGGGCCGCGCAGAGACUUUCGCAGGACACGGUGGUGACGAGUUCGCAGCGUCGCGAAGGCGACGCAGCCGCGACGGCGAAGAAGCCGACCAGUGGCGUGCAGUCUGUGCAGCGGGCGGCGGGCAGCCGCGUGAACUGUGUCUCUUGUCGGACUGGCGUUAAGUUGGCGGGCGCCAGACCCGAGUCCAGCGGCCUGAAGCCCGCGGCGGAGGCAGAGAGGAGGGCAGCCGGCAGGGAGGCCGCCACGCGAGCAGACAGCCAGUCCUUCGGCAAGCGCGUGGAGAGUGGCUAUUCGCUUGGCGGCCACGAUGACGCCGAGAGGCGCCCGCGGAAGCCCGAAGAGAAGACAAGUAGUCAACCCGUAGGACGGCAGGGCCGCGAGGACGGCGCCGCGGGAGGGGUCGCCCCUUCCUCGACUGCGGAGAGUCUGAGGCUCCGGAUAAAGACGACGUGCCUCUCCGACGCUUCGAGUGCUGUAGCCUCGCCGCAGAAGACAGAUGCGACAGAGGCCGCAAGGAACGUGAAACCGGGAGCGGGCAUGGCUGCAGAGGGCAAAGGCGUCGCCGCGGACGCCGGAAGCCGGGUGCGGUCUGUCUCCCGAGGUUUGCCCAGCGACAGUCGGCAGGCGGAGAAUUUCGGGGAAGAUGCGCAGAGAGAGAAUGAAAAAGUGGCGAGUGGAGGUCUCAGCGAAGACAAGCAGCGCCUGCUGCGGCUGCAGCAAGAGAAACGCAUCUUGAGGACGACGCUGCUCACAUAUCAGGCAGACUUCAUUGCGGAGACAGGCCGGCACGUCCGCCUCUACAAAGACAUCGCUCCGAUCGAGAGGGAGUACAGAAGAUACAAGGACGUGAAGCAAGAGAUCUCCAGACUCCUCGAAAAGCAGCAGACGCGCCUCGCCGCCUCGCGAUCCCACCCUGUCCUUUGUCAGCACGGAGCGAGUGAAGAAGACUCGAUUCCCUCGGAAGUCUUUGAACAAAAUGGACAGCAACUCUGUGUGUAA